CAGGAACAUGUCCGUCUUCGUGAAGAAGCGACGGAUGAAGGCGCAGAAGUCUCUCGUGCUCGCCCGCAAGACCGACCGAGGCGAAGACGGUGGCGCCCACGAGCAGAUGAUGGCGGACCUCCAGGACGAGAACAACCCGCUGGCUUUCGCGCCCGCCAAGAGGCUCGCGGCCUUCCUCGCGAAGGGGCGCGCCACCAGGGCGACCUCCGCUGGGCGCAGCACCAGGUCGACAGCGAGGUCGACCGCGUGGAGGCCGACUGUUGUGGGGGGGAGGGCGACCCAGGCUGGGGCGAGGAUCACCAGGCGACAGCAGUCGAUACUCGCCAGGACGCAGCUCGAGCGCUCCAAGAGCAAGGUCCUCCUGAGCAGGGACCAGGCCCGCAACAAGGAGGUGUUCUUCAAGCAGCUGGACCACGCCGAGGACGACCAGGAGCAGGUGCUCGAGGAGGUGAAGCGCGACACAGCCGACUGGGCGGGGAGCAUCCACCCGAUGCUGCUGUCUUUUCUCCACGAGGAUCACAAGGAGAACGUCUCUGACCUCGUGGGCUUUGCCCGGCGGCAGCAGCACUCCACGGUGCCGCAGCGGCCGCCGCUGGAGGUCCUAGCUCAGGGUGGUCACGUGCUCUUCCUCUGCGCUGGAGCCGAAGGAUUGGCCAGCCUGCGCCUCGGCAUCGAGCACUUCGUGAGGCCGCUGCGCCGGCACGUGCGCAAGGGGGCCAAGCCCGUCCCCAUCGUGAUCGUGGCGCCGCUGCCGCCAGACGACUGGAACAUGGUGAACAGCUAUCCCGAGGUCUACUUCAUGGAGGGCUCGCCGUCGUCCCAGUUCGAUCUUGACCGUGCCUGUGUCAGGACCGCCUCCCACAUCUUCGUGAGCCAGGUGGGCACCGUGGGGGGCACGGGGAUGAAGAGCUGGACCAUCGACUCGGAGGUCAGCGCCAGUCUGCGAUGGGUGGCGGGAAAAGAGUCGCAUGAAGACCCAAUCGGGCUGUGA